AUUUUUCUGCAUUGACUCCAUGAUGCAACUUGUCAUUUAUUUUUCAUUAAAAGAAAAAUCAUGUCUUUUCUUAAUACAAAUUGCAUGCACUUGACCGUCACUUUCAGUAAUUUUGGUAUCUUGAUCUAGAGAAGAAAGUGCCUCUUAGGAAUUGCCAAAUGUAUUCUUGAACAAAGUACUUAUCUUUCAGGAAAAUUCUUCCCUCUUAUAGAAAUCAAAGCACUGGUCAGGCUGAGCUAGAUUACACUUUAAAUAUGAUGAUAUUUCAAAAUAAUGCAAAUUGGAUAGGGAGAAUGUAAAUUAGAAGUCUUUUCCAUGGAUUUUAUUUGCUUGCUAAGACAAUACAUAAAUGAUGACUUAUGACGUAAUUUCUGGGAAUUAACUAUAAGAAUGAGUAGCUCCUUACAUGGGGUUGAACAAGUCAAGUCAAUGGUUUUUUUUUUUUUUUUUUUUUCUCUUAGUAGGUAAAUGAUGCAUCUUUAUCUGUCUUUUGUCUGUAUUACAAGAGGAAAGUCCACCCUUGAAUAUGAGUAGGUUGAACUGUUAAUUAAGUUUACUUAGAAUAUGGAAAUACAGCUCAUCGACCUAUAUAAUUGUGUACUGCAACAUCCUUUAUAUACAUAUACACACACGCAUGCCUUCUUCAACAAUAUUGUGCAGGUUCUGUUAUGCACUUGUCCUAUAUUGUGCUUAACUAUUUUUUGUUUGAGACGGUGAUACAAGUUAUGAGACAAGAAUGGUUUACAGAAUCUUAUGUAAUUAUUCCUACUUCCCAAAUUUUUCGAGUUACGUCUGAUUAUCAAGUUGCAUAGCAGGUUUUCAAUCCAUGGCAUGCUGAACUCUUUACAGCUUGCCAAUGCGCACCUAACAGAGACGGCUUUGGGAUAAUUCCUGCUGUUCCUUACACCAUUACUUGGGCCAAUUUUCCCGUGCAUUAUGCUCUGUGGAUGUUGAUGGUGUAUUUGACUGAUGUAUGGAAGCUCAAACUCACAGAUGCAGCUGCAAUUGUCAAUGUCUUCCUUGGUUUCCAAGCAAUCCCACAGUCAUUCUUGCUGUUUUCUGCUCAUGGUCUAUUCGGCAAUUAUCCAGUGCUAUUGGGUUCUAUAUUCGCCUGUUGUGUGGGCAUGGGUUUUUUAACAAUGUCGACACCGCCAGUCCUUGCUAAGGCUACUGGAACGUGCAGUGCUUAUCAGCCUGAAUGCAUUGGCGAAGGCCAGCGCAUACUCUUCUACAUAGCGUUGGCUCUGUCUGCUCUUGGGGCAGCUGGUCAAGCAGUAAGCUUUCCCUCUUUCCUAGUUGAGCAACUUGGAGAAAAUGCUAACCCGCCUUCCAUCUGGUUUCUGCAAUGUGUUGCGGUGAUUCUGUUCAAAGCUGCUGCUGUUUUGGGAUUUUCAUACAUAUCACCAUGGUCACUUUGGUUUGGUGUCCCAGCAAUAUGUUACACAGUGGCAGCCUUUAUUUUCUUGAGCGGAUCUUGUACCUAUAAAUAUGUUAAACCAGAAGGUAGCCCUAUCACUACUUUAUUCCGGGUCUUAGCAGCGUCUAUCUCCAAGUUAUUCUAUCAACUGCCAACAGAUGCGUCCCAGCUGUAUAACGUAUCUGACCGUAAUAGACAAUACGUGCCUCACACCAAUGGCCUGAGGUUUCUAGACAAGGCUGCAAUUAUCUUGCCCGGCCAGACUCUGGAGCAGCAACUCAGGAAUAGAUGGAGGCUUUGCAGCAUUGCUGAGAUUGAAGUUACUAAAUUUGCAAUUCGCACAUUCCCUAUGUCAAUGACCUUCAUUCUUGGGGGGGGGUUAUGACUUCUUUGUCGUAUACCUACUUUCUGGAGCAAGCAAAGACUAUGAACAACAAGGUUGGAAACCUAAGAAUUCCCCUAGCUGUAUUCCUAUGGUUCCGGUUAGAAGCAAGAGAACAAUUUCCAAAACUGUAUCACAUACUUGUGAAUUGGCGAUGGGGUUCAGACGCAAAACCAUCAGCUCCUAGAGUGGAGGUUGCAGUAUCCAUCAUUUUGGGUGUAUUAUGCACUAUUACUGCUGCAAAAGUGGAGUCAAGAAGACUCGCUGCGGUAAAGAGCUAUGGUUUAGCAGGCGAGACAGAUGAAAAAAUUCCAAUGACCGUGUUCUGGCUGCUUCCACAGUAUCUCCUUCUUGGGGCAGUAGACGGGAUGUUUGCAAAGAGCUUUAAUAAUUACUACAGUAAUUACUUUGAGCCCAUAUCUGCGUCAUACAUGCUCAGUGGCUGCAAUCUGAUGCACGGGUUAGGAUAUAUGAGCAACAUUUUUUUAGUGUACAUAGUGAGUAAGGUUAGUCGGAGGGGAAAUAAACCAAGUUGGUUUCAGGACACCCUGAAUAAGAGUCGACUUGAUAAGUAUUACUGGACUCUGUCGUGGCUAUUAGCUAUUGCAUUUAUAUUGUUUUCUGUGAUUAGUCUGUGGUAUGCAUACAGGCGAUCAAAAGAAGAAGCACGAACAGUGUACAUCGAACGAAGUGUUACCCGGAUUGGGGGUGAAACAAUUUAUGAGAUCACAUAUAGAGUAGGAAACAGGCGCAAUAACGGUACCAUCAUUGACAUGUUUCCUUCUUUUGGGUAAUGAUAUGUUUAUAGGGAAUGAUGGUGGUUGUAACACAUAAUCUGCUGAAGCGCAUUCCAUAUCUUGUAUAGUAAAGAACUACUACCUUUUUUAA